AUGACUUCUGCUGCCAGACCAUACGAAAGUGGCUACAAGGCGAGUCGGCUCAGCAACUGGGAGACCGGGCGUUCCUUCCCCGAGCGGCCGAGGUACCGACGGGGCGCCACCAAGGUCAUCGCCGACGACCGAGGUCAUCUCCUGCCGGGGGUCGCCAGGACGGCUGCCUCUCCCUGGGGCCCUCUGGCGCAGGCGAUAGAUCCGAAUGUUGGCGAGCGGUACCGCAGAGUUUCUGAAGGACGCCUGCACGCCGACACAGACUGCGAAGGUGAUGACGGAGGGGGAGGAGGAGAAGAGGAAGGGAAUGCAAACGGAGAAUUGCAGAUCACGGGAGAGGCGCUCAUGGCAGGCGGAGGAGGAGGAGGAGGAGGGUCGGCGGCGGAGCAAGCGGCGAAGGACGACGGCGAGACGGACAGGAGCUCGGGCAGCAUGACCCCAGCGUCGUUCAGGAGGCGCUCUAGGACCGCCUCGGCUAUGCAGUCUGCGCGGUGA